AUGAGGCCAGAGAACCUUUUACUACUGCGCCACUGUAGCGAGAAGUGCAAUGUGGGUUGUCCCGUACUGGAUCGUUGCCUCAACGGUGGCGUUCCCUGCCACUCCAUCACGGAGUUUGUUGGCGAGAGCGGUUCCGGCAAGGCGCAGCUCUGCCUCCAAUUCGCCCUCUCCGCCCAACUCCCCUCCUCCCACGGCGGCCUCUCCACCUCCUCCAUAUUCAUCCACACCGAGUUCCACUUCUCCUUCCGCCACCUCCACCAACUCUCAGGCGCCUUCCGAACGUCGCCACCCGACCUUCCCGACCCCUACGACAGCGUCUUUGUACGCGUCGUCCACUCUGCGGAUGAGCUCCUACACUUAAUUCCAACCAUCGAGACAUUGUGUACUCUCGAUCUCGGUGGCGGCCGAUGCGAAUCGUCGUUAUCGAUUCCAUCGCGGCUCUCUUCCGCUUCGAUUUCAAGAACAUCGGAUCGGACCUCCAGUGCAGGUUGUCGUUGUUCUUCGGAAUCUCUGUGA